CAAGUCUCGUCUCUCCGCUAGACCUUACCACCCGGAUGCUUUGAUCCUUCGCGGUAACGAGUCUAAUGACAUUUAGCCGAGGCCACGCACCCUUGCUCAAUGCUCACUGAGGAGUUAACUUGGUUAUUUAUAUAUCUGUGCGCGCCCAGGCUUUGAGGGAAGAGUUGCGAGUGGCGACUGUGGCUUUUCUUUUUUCCGUAGUUGCAGAAGAUCGAAAGAAGAGGCUUGAAGUCUAGAAGCUUGCAUUGCUUGACGUUCUGUACGUAGUAGUUGUUCAACAUAGGGGUGAAUAAAGAGUAGAAAAGAGAAUGCUUGGUGGCUUGUAUGGGGAUCUCCCUCCUCCUUCUUCGGCACCUUCCGCGGAUGAAGAGAGAAGCAGCAACUCUGCUGUGUGGUCAAGCAGUGCCAAGAUGGCACCGGCUACAUUGCGAAAGCCCAGCUCUCUCUACACACCACCCGCUUCGGUCCUGAAAGCCCAACAGUCACAGAACAAAGCGAAAGCCGCUACUUCGUCCCAAGCGAAGACCGUAACUGCAGCUGCGACUUCAUCGGCAUUACCUGAUGAUGGAGUGAGAAGCCCAUCGUUUCAACCUGCUCUUGUUGGGGUAACUUCGACAGUCAUCGAGGAGUAUGACCCUGCAAGGCCUAACGAUUACGAGGAGUAUAGGAGGGAGAGGAAGAGGCGAGCUUUAGAGGCUGAGAUGAAGAGGGAGAUAGAAAGAAGGCGACAGGAAGAGGAGGAGAGAGAGCGAGAGCGGGAACAAAGAGAGCGAGAAGCAGCUGAAAGAGAAAGGGAGAGGGAUUACAGUGAGUCAAGAUCAUCAUUGUUGAAUAUUUCUGGGGAGGAAGCAUGGAAGCGGCGGGCAGUAAUGAGUGGGACCUUGGGAGGACCACUGCCAAGGUCACCUUCUCCUCCAUCUAAUGGUGAUGGGUUUACUAUUGGGAAAUCAGGAUCUGGUGGACUAGGUGUUGGUGCAGGUGGGCAGAUGACUGCAGCGCAAAGAAUGAUGGCAAAGAUGGGUUGGAAGGAAGGGCAGGGGCUUGGAAAGCAGGAGCAGGGGAUUACAACUCCUUUGAUGGCCAAGAAGACAGAUCGACGAGCUGGAGUAAUUGUGAAUGCUAGUGAAUCUAGACCGGAGAAGAAGAUGAAGAGCGUGAAGUUCAAUGGCCCACCCACUCGUGUUCUUCUGCUCCGGAACAUGGUGGGGCCAGGAGAAGUUGAUGAUGAGCUUGAAGACGAGGUAGCAUCAGAGUGUGCCAAGUAUGGGAUAGUAACGAGGGUUCUCAUUUUUGAAAUUACAGAGCCAGAUUUCCCGGCGGAUGAGGCUGUUAGAAUCUUUGUUCAGUUUGAUAGGUCAGAGGCGACGACUAAAGCAUUUGUUGAUCUUGAUGGCCGUUUCUUUGGUGGGAGAGUGGUUCGUGCAUCCUUUUAUGAUGAAGAGAGGUUUAGUAGGAACGAAUUGGCUCCAAUUCCUGGAGAAAUCCCUGGUUACCCAUGACAGAUUGAGAGCUAUAAGAGCAAGAAAUCGAGAUAGAACAGCUAUUACCCUCUCAUCCAUGUUCUUUUGUGGGGGGGGGGGGAUGACUUAUGGUUGGAUUUAGCUUUUGGAUGUCAUGAAAGUCCACUGUAAUUCUGUAUCUGGAAAAGUUAAAUUUGGCAUUGUUUAGUUUGCACAAGCGAGAAGUAUCAGAAUACUUUGUAACAAACAGUGGUUUCGCUACCAUGAUUCCAUGAACAGCCGCUAACUUUGGGAUCUUUCUGUGA